AUGGAGGGAAUAGACGAUAUCCUCGCCUCCCUUGACCGAGACGACUUCUCUUCCCCUGAGGCGACGGCCGUCGACCAUCAGCAACUCACGCGUUUCUGGGUUGCAGAGCGCGCCGUUCCUGAACUGCUGCCAUGGCCCGGCCCGCUGAUGGAUAGGAUGAUGGAGAGGAUCUCGAAGCAGGCAAGUUGCUCUGCUUCUUGUUCACUUUACUUAAAUAAACCAAUAUCCAAAAUAGAAGACCUCUCAAUGUCUGCGUGCGACACGACCGGCGCAACAACCCACAACCCAACACUGAAUCUCAAACUGUCCAUUCUACAAUCUGAUCUGGCGCGCACGCAGUACCUCAUGCGCUCAAUACUGCGACAGAGAUUAUCCAAACUUGUCCGGUAUAGCAUAUACUACCUGCGAAUAUCCAUGAACCAGGAGCAGGAACCCACAGAGAGAGACGCUGCCUCGAUACUAUCCGAUAAGGAACUGCAGUUUCUUCGUAGCCACCAAUCGCUGCUGACGAUGCAUUAUAACGUCUCGUUCCUAUCUUCGUUUCCGGCUAAUCUGAAACGACUGGACGAUAACGUUGGAGGCACAAACAUGGUUGUUGCGCCGGAGAAUAAGGAAGUGGUGUUCGUUAGGUGUUUGAGUGAAGAAGCUAGGAUCGUCAUACCUGCUGCUGAAGGGGCUGAGGAUGGGAUGGCAGGCCUAGAAAGGUAUGGGAGCAAGAUGGGCAGGGGGGAGGUCUGGGUCGUUAGGUGGGAGGGCGUCAAAGAUGCAUGGAAACGGGGGGAGAUCGAGGUUCUUUGA